CGAUGGGCGGGACUUCCGGCGUCGCCUUAGGGUCGGUCCUCCCGAUUAGAGCCUCCGGAAACCUGGUGUUGAGCUUGGGGCACGAGAGCAAGAAGGCUCGAGAGGAGGCAGCCGUUGUCUUCACCGCACAAAGGCGGUGCUGGCGUUCGGCAGCGACGCCGAGGGUAACCCGAUUCUGGGUCGGGGGCAGGGAUGCCUGGGUCCCGACCUGGUCCUCCGCUCCCCGCCCCUCUAAGCCCUCAGACUCCGAUGGCGGCGGCCGCGCGGAGGGUCCCGGUUCAGGUAAACGCUCGUCCUCUAGGCGCUCAGCCCCUCGGACACUCAAGGGCCCGCUGACCGUCCCCUGCUCAAGCACCUGGGCCCAGGGCCAAGUGACCUUUGAGGACGUGGCUGUCUGCUUCUCACAGGAGGAGUGGGGGCUCCUUGAUGAAACCCAGAGGCUCCUGUACCGCAGCGUGAUGCUGGAGACCUUCUCACUGAUGGCCUCUCUGGGACUCACAUCUUCCAGGACACAUGACAUUUCUCAGCUGGAGCGGUGGGGAGAGCCCUUUCUGUCUGCCACUGGAGCCAUGCGUGCAGCCAGGCCAACAGGUUGUUGGCAUGGAGUGCAGGCUGAGGAGGCCCCAUCCAAGCAGAGUGUUUACGCAGAAGGAGUGCUCAGAGCAAAGCUUCACCAACACCAGCAGCUGAGCUCUAGAGAGAAACCUGUAAGAGGAGAAGAGGGUGGGAAGCACUCCCCAAUGGGCUCUGGUCUCCUCAGGCAUCAAGUGGCUCAGAGCAGAGGGGAGCCACACAGGAGCACUGAAAGCACAGAGGAUUUUCACCCAGGAAAAAGGCAUUACAGAUGCAGUGAAUGUGGGAAAGCCUUUGGUCAGAAAUACUUACUUGUUCAGCACCAAAGACUACACACUGGAGAAAAGCCUUAUGAAUGCAGUGAAUGUGGGAAAUUAUUUAGUCAUAAAUCCAACCUUUUUAUACACCAAAUAGUGCACACUGGUGAAAGGCCUUAUGGGUGUAAUGAAUGUGGAAAAUCCUUUAGUCGCAAUGCUGACCUCAUACAACAUCGGAGAGUUCACACUGGAGAAAAGCCUUUUACAUGCAGUGAAUGUGGAAAAGCCUUCAGGCAUAAUUCCACGCUAGUCCAGCAUCACAGAAUCCACACUGGAGUAAGGCCUUAUGAGUGCAGCGAAUGUGGAAAAUUCUUUAGCUUUAACUCAAGCCUCAUGAAACAUCAGAGAGUUCACACUGGAGAAAGACCUUACAAGUGCAGUGAAUGUGGGAAGUUCUAUAGCCACAAGUCAAGCCUUAUUAAUCACUGGCGAAUUCACACUGGAGAAAGACCUUAUGAGUGCAGUGAAUGUGGGAAAUUUUUUAGCCAAAGCUCUAGUCUCAUGCAGCACCGAAAAGUUCACACUGGAGAAAAGCCUUUUAAAUGCGAUGAAUGUGGAAGAUUCUUUAGUGAGAAUUCUAGCCUCGUUAAACACCAGAGGGUUCACACUGGAGCCAGACCUUACGAGUGCAGGGAAUGUGGGAAAUUCUUCCGCCAUAGCUCCAGCCUUGUCAAACAUCGGAGGAUUCACACUGGAGAAAUGCCUUAUGAGUGUAGCAACUGUGGGAAAUCAUUUAGCCAGCACUUCAACCUCAUUCAACACCAGAAAAUUCACAGUGGAGAACAAUCUUGAAUGUAACUAAUGUGGAAAAGCCUUUAACCAAAGGUCUGUGCCAGUUCAGCAACAGAAACUUCACAACCCAGACAAGCCUUAUGAAUACAGGCUGUGAAGAAAGGUUUCAGCCAAAGGCUUAACCCUGUUUGGCACCAGUAAGUUCAGACUGGAGAAAGGCCUCAAGAGUACAGGGCAUGUCUCUGUCUUACCAUAAGCUUACAGAAGCUUGAAGAGUAGCAUUUAAUGAGUGAGCCAACAAUUGACUGUCACUCAUCCUGACACACACACUGGAGCAGGAUGAGAACUGCUGACAUACUGCCCCUCCUGAGAGGCUAGUCCACUGCCUGCCAUCUCAGAGAGAGGGAGCCCUGUAACCUUGGCUGCAUCAGUCCAGAAUGGAGUUUCCAUCUCUUGAGUUUGGAGCAAGGGGAGGGGAGGAUGUGUGGUCUUGGUUCAGAUGUGACUGUCUCUUGCUGUUCUUACUGGAUAUUAGGUUUUCUUAAAUAAACGUUUCUUCAUUUGCUGUUA